UAUACAAAUUAACAUAAAAACGAACCAUGACAAAUUCUUGGCUCUAAUUAAGAUACCCCCAGCUUCUCUCACCUGAUUCCCUUACAAGUUCUUCUCGAAUUAAUCGAAAAUAUUUAUCAUUAUCCCAUGAAUAAAUUGGACAAGCCAAUACACAAAUUAAAACUUCUCUAGUUUUCAUCAACAUUCACAAUUCCCCGUCGAUGCCCACAAUUCUCCUUUUGUUGUAUUCUCCGUUAACUUUUCUUGAACCAUCCCUUAUGAAUUACAUUAAAUUUUCCCAAUUGAUGUUAAUUCAUAUCAUAGAAUAGCAACCACCAUUUUUAUUAUCACUUCAAUGGGUUCUCUCUCCUCCCCGUCUCGUCCUGUGGUGCCACCGCUAUCGCCAGAACAAGACUAUUCCAACCAUCAAGUCUAUGCCUCCUUUUGCUUGAGGGAGUCACGGCCAAGAUCAAACAUUUCUAAUUGGAUAGAGUGCUACAACCCGUCUAACAACACAUGGACUCACCUUAGCCACAUACCUUAUAUAAUUGAGGAUCAUGUUUUGAAGGGCUUUUCAAUGGUUUCACUUGGUGACUCAAUUUAUGUGAUUGGUGGGCGUUUAUGCCAUAAGGAGAGAGCUGCAGGUGAAUUUAUAGACAUGGAUGAUGACGUUUUAUCGUUAGUUCUUCGUUACAAUGUUCAGUCAAAUGAAUGGUUCAAAUGUGCAGCAUUGGGUGUACCCCGUUACGAUUUUGCUUGUGUUGCAUGUGACAACAAGAUUUAUGUAGCAGGGGGGAAGUCCAGUUUGGUAAGCGCUCGAGGAAUUUCCUCUGCAGAGGUUUAUGAUCCUGCACUUGAUGAAUGGACUUGUUUGCCUAGCAUGAACAAAUUGAGGCACAAGUGUGUUGGGGUGACAUGGCAGGGUAAAAUCCACGUGGUCGGGGGAUUUACCGAGAGGGCUGAUUCAGACGGUUUGGUUUGGUUUACAGAACGCAGCUCAGCCGAGGUGCUCGACACGCAGGCGGGAAAGUGGGACCUGGUGGCUGGGAUGUGGCAAUUAGAUGUGCCACCAAAUCAAAUUGUUGAGGUGGGCAACAGGCUGUUUAGCUCUGGGGAUUGCCUGAAAGUGUGGAAAGGUCACAUUGAAUCAUACGAUGGAAAGCUUAAUAUGUGGAAUGAAGUUGAUGGCUCUUGCCUGCAAACACUCAAUUCAUCCAUUUUCACAAGCCAAAGGGAAGAUUGGGGACCAAUCCAACGGCACUACUUAACCAUGGCACCCAUUGGGAGCUAUUUAUACUUCCUGGCAGGCUAUCGGGUGGCUGGGGGGUAUUCACAGACGGUUUCAAUGGUGCAUAUAUUUGACACUACAGCAACCAGUGAUGCAUGGAGAAGCUUUGAACCAGUAGUGGAAGAUGGAGAGAAAGAACUUUGCAGCCAUUGUUGUGUUGUUCAACUCUCACAGAACCUUACUACCAGCUUCCGUGUGUUGAGUUAGGAUAAUUUGUUGAUUUAGAUAGAGUUAUUUUGGGGUGUUUCUUAAAGCUAUUGUAUCAGAUUUUGCUACUGAUUUUGAAAAGUAUCAAUCAUAGAUGUAUUGGUUCGCAGUCUCUAUGAUUUUGGACACCAAAUAAAGGUAAAAAAAAAACUUGUCAAAACUUUUGAAGUUCCAUUUUAUGUCAAAGAUGGCCAUUUUGAUCAUCAA